CAGUAUCAUAAUACUAAUACUAAUAUAAUAUAAUAUAAUUUAAAUUGUUUAGUGCAUAUAUUCACAUGACAGUCAUCAUUAAUCAUUGUGUUGGCUGACACAUAGUAUUUUAGCGCUAUGGUAAUUUACGAGGUGUCCGUCAACGCAGCAGUGGGCAGGCUCAAUCAGCUCUGUCUCCGUCUAUGGUCUCCUUCUGGUUGUCCCGUCUCCACGCCCCUGUGUUACCGUCCGUAGCCGGUUACAACCUCGCAGUGAUGAGCUCAUAGUCCGCCAAAGACUCCAACUUUAAAAGCAGCAAUGGGGUCUCAGGACGUCUCUGGGAGCGAGGACUGCCCUUUCUGCCAAAUAGCCAACAACCAGAUUGACACAGAAAUCCUGCUGAGUGACGAUCAGCUGGUUUGUUUUCGUGACUUGAAGCCUGGAGCCACACAUCACUACCUCGUCGUUCCCAGGAGGCACAUUGACAACUGUAAGACUCUCCAGGGGGACAGCAUCCCUCUAGUGGAGCGGAUGGAAGAAAUGGGAAGAAGUAUACUGGAGAGGAAUAAAGUCUGCGACCUAGAUGACAUCAGUCCUGUGUUAAAUCUGUGCAGGAUGGGAUUUCAUCUGCCUCCAUUCUCAUCUGUUCCCCACCUUCACCUCCACGCUCUGGCUCCAGCCAGCAAGAUGAACUUCAGGUCGCAGCUUCGCUACGGGUCCCAGUCUUACUGGUUCAUCACAGUAGACCAAGUGCUUUCUCAGCUAAAGACUCACGGCAAGGUCAAAUGAAGAGCAUCAGUAGGAUCCAAAGGUGCAACAAUCGUGUUUGUUUACAGGUUAUUUCUCAUUAUUCCGCCUCACUGAGUGUAAUUUUACAUCAGUCUUUCAUCUGACUUGACAAUGAGUUGAAAUGGCGGAAGCUUUAAAAGUUUGACCUUUCUAAGAGUAAUUUUUUAAAUGUUGUGUAAGUGGACCAUCAACGAGGGGGGAAUUACAGCUUUUAGGAUAUUUACUUUAUAUUUAAAUACAAACCUUGAAGAUUAUUUGAUAUACAUACAUAUAAUAAGUCAUUUAUUUGUACUUUUUACCAUAAGUCCAGAUUUGUCAGGAAGGACAGUUGUACUUUGCACAUUCAUGCACAAACCUGUUUAUAUACAGAAAUUAUUACUAUUGUUUUUUAAACAAAAUGAUGGAUUACUCUUCAAAAAUAAAGUCACCAGCUCAUAGACACAAGAUGCUUUACCAGUCACACUUUUCAUAAUGUCAGUUCUUUCUGUUCAUCACUUGAUGUCACUGGUGUAACUUGAAACUCAGACAAUAGUCAAUAGGUGGAGCGCCCACAUGCACCAAUGGGCAUCACAGGGUGACUUGAAAUCUUUUCAUUGCUCAUUUAAAAGUGAUAAAGCAGCAAGUAUCAAAAAUUUAUGCGUGGUGUCAUUUCCCAGCAGCCCUUUUCUUCUACCUCGCAAUACUGGUGUGGUUGCCACAGUCCAGAGUCAAGAGUAUAACAUCCAUCACACAGAUGGUGCAGAGGUGUAUAGUAACUGUGAAGCUGCUGCUGACUGUGUUUUUCUUCUGACGCAUCCCUCAAAAAUAUAUAUAUUUCAUCAAACAAGAACUUUAAACUUUAUUUUACAGCUCACCAAUUUUUUUUCCUGCACUUUUUUUAAAUUAAAUUCCAUUGCGAAAACAUGCCAGUUAGCACAGUUAAAACGGUGUUCUGUAACAUAGACAGACUUACCACCAGCCCACUCUUGUGCCAUUUUAAUUAAAUGUAGUCACUGUAAAGAACAUUUUAAGUAAAGCUAAAUAUUAACUUGAUUUGCUUAGUGAUUCAUUACCAUUGGUUUUAGAAACCAGACCAUGACAUUUUAGGUAUUUUGGUAAAAUGUUCAAAUGUUCAAAAAAACUGUACUUUGUUGUAUUUUUUUAGUUUGCAUUUCAUGAUGUGUUAUCACAGUUGUAUGAACAAUUCUACCUCAAAGAUACGAAACCUGACAUGUACAAACACUUCUAGCAUGUGUAUUUGUGCUUCAUAGACAUCCUUCAUUGAGAUUAUCCACACAUUCAUUUCAGCCUCACAUUAUCUUGCAAACUUAUGUGUCAGUGCUGACGAAUGUAGGAGAUUGAGAGAGAGAAAAGCUAUUCAAAGCACCGUGUCAUCAUGAAUUUUCUAAAAUGAUGAAGAAGGUGCCCAAAACUAUAACAUCUGUCAUCAGCAGCACAUGUCAGAGUCUGAAAGGAGCUGUCAUACAGCAUUUAUAACAAAUUACAUCAUUUCUCAGGACUGAGUGCUUUUUCAUUUAACUUUAAACCUGCACAAGCUGCAGCACAACUCAUUGCCAUGUUAUCAUCCUCAGAUGUGUUAACCUCUUGCAAGCUCUGUAUUUACAGAAUAACCUCUCCUGGAUUAACAGGUAAAAUGACAGA